UGCGCGACGAUUCGCCCGGCUCGGGCAUGCUUCUCCCUCCGCUCAAGAUGCCGGUGUCUACAGCGAUGCAGUCUGACGACCAAGGGAGUGCGGUGUCCACGCCCUUCGCUGUCCCUUUACAGCCGGAUCAGCUUCUGCCACGGCUGGAUCCGUUGGCGGCAACAAUGGGAUCAGUCGGCCCUCUGACUGCUUCCGAUACGCUCCUUGAGGCUCUGGGGGCAACACCCAGGCCAUCAAUCAUGGGUCCCAGGCCGGCUGCCUCCGCCCCCGCAGGAGCACGUACGCGGCUCUCCAAAUUGAACGGUGGCAUAUGUCAGGGACCGGUCGAAAAGGCCCAAUCAGUCCUGCUGCGUAGCUUGGGUGUAAUCACGGCUGAAGAGCACAUGUCUCCUGACGCGCUCGAUGCAUACCUCAAGCUCUUCGACGCGUCGUUGUCUUCUCAGCAUAUCAGGGCGGUGGCGGCCCUCUUCGACCCUGAUGGAGUUGCCUUCGACGAGCCGGCCCAGGAGGGGCUCGCUGCUUUCAAGUUGCCGGAAAAUGUAGAGUCGUGCGGUGCUUAGCUCUCUUGUAGUGGCUGUGGUGUGCUGCCAUCCUAUGGUCAUGUCGUUAGGUUAGUGGUGUGGAAUGUAAGGGGCCUGAAUAAUCCGGCCAAGCGGAAUUCCAUCCGUUUGUUCAUGCAGUCAUGUGAUGCGUCGUUA